AUGGCAACACGCGACAUAGCCGCAGAGGGUGGCGUUCACGUUCGCAACGCGCUUCUUGGUAUUCCCGCCGCGUACCGGUCCGCCGUGGCCCUGGCUCGCCGCAAACCCCUGGGGGCAGCCGGCGCCGUGAUCGCACUCAUCCUGAUACUAAUGGCCGUCGGCUCCCGGUUGGCUAUCCUGCCCGUCGCGGACCCGUACGAAUCCGUCGGCGACAUAUUCCUCGGCCCCAGCCGCGAAUUCCCAAUGGGGACCGACGUCAUUGGACGGGACAUGUUGAGCCGGGUGCUGUACGGCACUUGGAUUUCGCUCUACGUGGGCCUGGGGAGCGUACUGAUCGGGAUUACCGCGGGUUUCAUGCUCGGCAUCGUAAGCACCUACGCCGGGGGGUUCGUUGACCUGUUCUUCCAGCGCGUGGUCGACGCCCUGAUGUCGAUGCCCGGCCUGAUCCUAGCGCUGGCCAUCAUGGCCAUCCUGGGCUCCUCCCUGAACAACGUCGUCCUGGCCAUCGUGAUCGGCAUGAUCGCCCCCGUGGUGCGGACCGUCCGCUCCCAGGUGUUGACGCUCAAGGAGAUGGACUACGUCACCGCUGCAAGAGCCAUUGGCGCCCGUCCGCAGCGCAUCGUGUUCCGCCACAUCAUGCCCAAUUGCAUGGCCAUUUACAUCAUCAUGGCGACGUACUACCUGGGGUUCGCGAUAAUUAUCGAGGCGUCGCUGAGUUUCCUUGGCGUGGGCGCGCCGCCGGACGAUCCCAGUUGGGGCGGGAUCCUGACCGUGGCCAGCCGGGAGUCGCCGGAGACGGGCAUCUGGCUGCUGGUGUUCCCCGGCAUCUUCAUAUUCAUCGCCGUGCUGGCCUUCAACGUCCUGGGAGACGCCCUGCGCGACAUCCUUGAUCCACGGCUGCGCGGCCGGUAG